GAAAGUUUGUGGCUUUAUAUGUUGCAGAGCUGGGAUUUUGCUUAAUUAGCAGACCACAGGCUUCUCUGGGUUGUGAUUUAAUCACAUUCUUGGUUAGUAAUUUUCUUUGAUUUGACUAUUGUGUUUAUGUUGAUCAGCUGGCUUUUUUUUUCUUCUUCAUUUUCUUUCUGUUGUUUUGUUAAUGGUGCCAUAAUCUGUGUGUUGGUAUCUUUUAUGGGGAUAUAAUUUCCGGGAAAAGUUAAUCAUGUUUAUAGAUAGUGUGAUCCUGCAAUAAGUUCUAUGUCCUUGCAAAGAAAAUGAAAGGAAAAAGAAGGCAAAUUUUGAUAUGAAGUACUGUCUGUGCAGGCUCCUUACCGACAACUUGCUAGUCGAGGAGUUGAGGAGGCUAAAGGGAAUCCAAAAUGGUGGCGGACUCGAUUGCUCUUGAUGCGAUCAUCAAGGAAGCUGUUGAUCUGGAGAAUGUACCCCUGGAAGAAGUUUUUGACCAUCUGAAAUGCACAAGAGAUGGUUUGAGCUCUGAUGAAGUCCAAGAGCGGUUGGAUUUAUUUGGCUAUAAUAAACUUGAAGAAAAAAAGGAAAGUAAAUUCUUAAAGUUUUUGGGCUUUAUGUGGAAUCCUCUGUCCUGGGUUAUGGAAGCUGCAGCUAUCAUAGCCAUUGCUUUUACACAAGGAGGGUCAAAACCAGCUGAUUACCAUGAUUUUUUUGGCAUCCUGGUCCUCCUCGUUAUCAAUUCUACCAUCAGUUUUAUAGAGGAAAACAAUGCAGGAAAUGCAGCUGCUGCUCUUAUGGCUCGGUUGGCCCCAAAAGCAAAGGUCCUGCGUGAUGGAAAAUGGGCUGAAGAAGAUGCAGCUGUAUUGGUUCCUGGAGACAUAAUUAGCAUCAAACUUGGUGAUAUCGUUCCUGCUGAUGCACGUCUUCUUGAAGGAGAUCCUUUAAAGAUUGAUCAGUCUGCUCUUACUGGAGAAUCACUGCCAGUGACCAAAAAUCCUGGUGACGGGGUUUACUCGGGAUCAACAUGCAAGCAGGGAGAGAUUGAAGCAGUUGUUAUUGCAACUGGAGUUCACACUUUCUUUGGAAAGGCAGCUCAUCUUGUGGAAAACACAACACAUGUUGGCCAUUUCCAGCAGGUUUUAACAUCAAUUGGAAACUUCUGCAUCUGUUCCAUUGCUGUUGGAAUGGUGAUUGAAAUUGUAGUAAUAUAUGGAAUUCAUGGGAGGGAAUACCGUGUUGGUAUUGAUAACCUACUUGUCCUCCUAAUUGGUGGGAUCCCUAUUGCUAUGCCAACUGUUCUUUCUGUUACAAUGGCCAUUGGUUCACAUCGUUUGUCUCAGCAGGGUGCCAUAACAAAGAGAAUGACUGCCAUCGAAGAAAUGGCUGGAAUGGAUGUACUAUGCAGUGAUAAAACAGGGACACUGACACUUAACAAGCUUACAGUGGACAAAAACAUGGUUGAGGUUUUCACGAAAGGUGUUGACAAGGAUCAGGUUAUACUUAUGGCUGCAAGAGCAUCGAGAUUAGAGAAUCAAGAUGCUAUUGAUACUGCAAUUGUUUCAAUGUUGGCAGACCCUAAGGAGGCACGAGCUGGAAUCAGAGAAAUUCACUUCCUUCCUUUCAAUCCUACUGAUAAAAGAACUGCACUUACAUAUACUGAUGCUGCUGGUAAAAUGCACAGGGUCAGCAAGGGUGCACCAGAGCAGAUUCUUCAUCUGGCACAUAACAAAUCAGAAAUUGAAAAGAAGGUACAUACAAUGAUUGACAAGUUUGCUGAACGUGGACUACGAUCCCUUGGUGUUGCCCGUCAGGAAGUACCAGCUGGAACCAAAGAUAGUCCUGGUGGCCCCUGGGAAUUUGUUGGCCUUCUCCCACUCUUUGACCCUCCUCGCCAUGAUAGUGCUGAAACAAUCAGAAGAGCUCUGGAUCUUGGUGUCAAUGUUAAAAUGAUCACUGGGGACCAACUUGCAAUUGGUAAGGAAACAGGAAGGAGGCUUGGGAUGGGCACAAACAUGUAUCCCUCUUCAGCUCUGCUUGGUGAAAGUAAGGAUGGGGAUCUUGCUACCAUCCCCAUUGAUGAACUCAUUGAAAAAGCUGAUGGUUUUGCUGGCGUCUUUCCUGAGCAUAAAUAUGAGAUUGUGAAGAGAUUACAAGCUAGAAAACAUAUCUGUGGAAUGACUGGUGAUGGAGUGAAUGAUGCCCCUGCCUUAAAGAAAGCUGACAUUGGAAUUGCAGUAGCAGAUUCCACAGAUGCUGCCCGCAGUGCUUCUGAUAUAGUUUUAACAGAACCUGGAUUGAGUGUAAUCAUUAGUGCUGUGUUAACAAGUCGUGCUAUCUUCCAGAGAAUGAAAAACUAUACGAUAUAUGCUGUGUCGAUCACCAUACGUAUUGUGCUCGGUUUUAUGUUGCUGGCUGUCUUCUGGAAAUUCGACUUUCCUCCUUUCAUGGUUCUUGUCAUUGCUGUUCUUAAUGAUGGUACUAUCAUGACCAUAUCGAAAGAUAGGGUCAAACCGUCUCCAUUUCCCGACAGUUGGAAGCUCAGUGAAAUUUUUGUAACUGGAAUUGCUCUUGGUGGUUACCUGGGUCUAACGACUGUUUUGUUCUUCUGGAUAUCGUAUGAAACCAACUUCUUUCCGGAAAAAUUUGGUGUUGGAGACUUCAAUCAACACCAUUUUAAUAUGACAAAUAAGAAAGUUGCUGCUAAACUAAACGACCAGAUGUCGUCGGCUCUGUAUCUUCAAAUCAGCACCAUCAGCCAGGCCUUGAUAUUUGUCACUCGCUCCCGGGGUUGGUCUUUCACCGAAAGACCUGGCUUUUUGCUUGUUAUUGCCUUCAUCGUUGCUCAACUGGUUGCGACUGUGAUAUCUGCCACUGCAACCUGGAAAUUUACUAACAUCAGAAGUAUUGGUUGGGGAUGGACUGGUAUAAUUUGGUUGUACAAUAUUAUCAUUUACAUGCUCCUUGAUCCCAUCAAAUUUGCUGUCCGUUAUGCUCUCAGUGGCCAGGCAUGGGGUUUGGUAGUAGAUCAAAGAACCGCAUUUACCAGCAAAAACGACUUUGGAAAGGAAGCUCGUGAGGCUGCAUGGGCAACUGAACAGAGAACACUACAUGGACUCCAAUCUGUCGAAAGAAAAAUGUUUUCGGAGAGGAACACUUUUAGGGACAUUAAUCUCAUGGCAGAAGAAGCUAAAAGGCGGGCAGAGAUUGCAAGGUUGAGGGAGCUUCACACUCUCAAAGGCAAGGUUGAGUCAUUUGCCAAGCUUAAGGGUUUAGAUAUCGACGCCAUUAACCAACACUACACUGUCUAACUGCUGUGAUCUGGAUAGUGAUCCCAUUCACAUUCUCCUUUAUACAUAUACGUUCUUCAUGUAUUCGUUAACAAAUACCAAGUCCAAGCUGGAUUUUGAAUAAGAUUGAUGUAUUUCAUGAUGAUAUCUAUAUAACAAGUCAAAUGGAAUUGCAGUUAUUUAAAACAUGUGUCGAUAUGGAGACACUCUCGCUGUCGCUUUUUUCUUACAAGAACACCAAACACCACCGGAAACAAGUUUGUGGACUUCUUUGUCUCUCAUUCAUCUUAGAGCUCAUGAUGUUUGACACAGAGGAAUUGCAGAUAUCAAACCACACCACAGCUGCAAUGUUCUGUGUAAAACAGAACUUGGUUGAAAUCUAGAGGAAAGCACAAAGUUAAACGAGUGUAACUAAAAUCUAAAGGCAUAUGCAACAUCAAAUUGUAAAGGCAACAGGGAAAGAAAAAAGAAGUAAUAAAUCUAAUCAAUAUUAAAUCAUCCAAAACCGUAACAGUAGAAGUGAUUGGUAAUAAGAAAAACACAUGUAUACU